AUGGGCGUCAUGCGUCUCCCUCGCCCGACGGGCAUCUACGUCCCCAACUCGCCCACUCGAAGCCUCACCAACGAUAUGAUCUCCCCGCCACUCUCACCUGAGUUUACCUUCGACGCCGACACCGUCAUCCCCUCCAUCAUGCCCGCCCUCGAAUACAUCUCCUCCAAACUCCAACAAAGAAUGAUGCACGUCACACUCCUAGUCGGACGCGGGAAACCAUUCCCGACCGGCCAAGCAUCCGAUCUAAUGAUCAUCCCGAUCACCCCGCUGGACCCAGCCUCAUGGCGAGUCCUCGAACGGGCCAUCUCCAAGAGCGCAAAGAAAUUCUCCCUCGGCCAAAGCUGGACCGACGCCCUCAACCGCAGCCAGUACGAGCGCCAGGCCAACGAGUACCUCGUGCAGCAGUCGAUCCUACAGAAUGAGGUCGUCUUCAGCCAGGAAGGGCUGACCCUGCUCAACAUGGACCGCAUCUACACAUUCAAGCGCCGCCUGUGCAUUCUGUCCAACCGCCCGUUCUCGCGCUCCGACGGCCAGUCCAUGACCUCGUGCGUCCAGCUGCUGCACCGGCUCAUCGUCGACUUCCAGGGGCGACCGUUCAGCAAGGCCUUUUUUCACCGCGUCUAUGAGCAGCUCGAUGUCUCCGACGAGUUGCUGACUGCUGUCGCUACCGCUUAUAAGAACGUCCACAAGCAAGAGGCCAUCAUCUUGCCCCCGCGCGCUAAGGCGGAGCAUUCAAGAAAAUCACCUAUCCGCUCUGCCCGUGUGCGUCGACAACCCCCGCCUGCUAAGUCGAGUGUGGCUGUCAAGUCGGGCGUCCCUGUCAAGGCGGGUGUGCCUGCCAAACGUGGUCCCAAGACGCCCUUGUCGGCGUCUGAUGUCACCCCAAUCACGAGAAAUGAGUGGAACAUUCUUGUCAGCCAAGACAUCCGCCAGUUGCAGCCGACUGUCACCAAGUGGACGCCCUCGCCGACGGUGCUGGCAGUUGCGUGA